AGCUUUAGUUCUCACGCGCGUUCCGUGCCGUCCUGCGCGGAUGGAAGGGACGGGACGGCCAGUUUCAUGGUCUCUACGCCGCGGUACGAGCAUGUUGGACCGCAGGGCCGGUUCAGCGAAGUCUACGAGCCUGCCGAGGAUACUUUCCUGCUCCUGGACGCCCUGGAGCAGGAUGCGGAGAAGCUGAAAAGCGCCAACAUUGAAAUCUGCCUUGAAGUAGGAUCUGGAUCUGGAGUAGUUUCAACUUUCCUGGCUUCUUUAAUUGAAUCCAAAGCUUUAUACAUAUGUACUGAUAUUAACCCUGUGGCAGGUCUGUGCACAGUGGAGACAGCUAUACGUAAUAAGGUUGACAUUCAGCCCAUAAUUACUGAUUUGGUAACUGGACUAUUACCACGACUUCUUGGGAAAGUUGAUUUGCUGCUGUUUAACCCACCCUAUGUGGUAACUCCUUCUGCUGAGGUAGAAGGCCAUGGAAUAGAAGCAGCCUGGGCUGGAGGUAAAAAUGGCAGAGAAGUUAUGGACAGAUUAUUUCCAGUUGUGUCAGACUUGCUUUCAACAAGAGGUUUAUUUUACUUAGUUACAGUUGAAGAAAAUAAUCCAGGUGAAAUUAUAGAAAUGUUACAGAAACAUGGUUUAAAAGGCACCAAGACAAUGUGUAGACGAGCCGGAAGUGAGAGUCUCUCAGUAAUCCGAUUCUGUAAAUCUUGAUGACUUCAUAUGCUAUUAGCAUCAAGGGCAUAUUACCUCAAUAAAAAAAUUUUUGCAAUUA